CCCGCCCCUCCCGCCUCCGCCGUCGCGGCCGCCUCCGCUGGGGCGGCCUAAGGCCACCGUUUGCAGAAAGACCCUGAACGAGCCAUGGCGUCCGGCGGCCCGCGGGUGCUGGUGGUGGGCGGCGGCAUCGCGGGGCUGGGCGCUGCGCAGAGGCUCUGCCGUCACCCGGCUGCUCCACGCCUGCGGGUCCUGGAGGCCACCGCCGGCGCCGGGGGCCGCAUCCGCUCGGAACGCUGCUUCGGUGGUGUAGUGGAGCUGGGUGCACACUGGAUCCAUGGGCCCUCCCAGGGCAAUCCUGUCUUCCAGCUGGCUGCGGAGUUUGGGCUCCUGGGAGAGAAAGAGUUAUCAGAGGAGAACCAGCUGGCGGAGACAGGAGGGCACGUGGCCCUGCCCACCAAGAGCUGUACCAGCUCUGGAACAAACGUGAGCCUGGAGCUGGUGGCAGAGAUGGCCAGUCUGUUCUUUGGACUGAUAGACCAGACCCGAGAUUUCCUGAAUGCACCUGAGACUCCAGUGGCUAGCGUUGGAGAGUUCCUCAAGAGGGAGCUAAAUCAGCAGGUGGCUACCUGGACUGAGGACGAGGACACCAAAAAGCUCAAGCUGGCCAUCCUGAACAACUUCUUCAACAUAGAGUGUGCUGUGAGCGGCACCCACAGCAUGGACCUCGUGGCUCUUGCACCGUUCGGGGAGUAUACAGUGCUGCCGGGGCUGGACUGCACCUUCGCUGGUGGCUACCAAGGGCUUACCAACCACAUACUGGCUUCCUUGCCCAAGGAUUCGAUGGUUUUUGAAAAGCCAGUGAAGACCAUUCACUGGAAUGGGUCCUUCCAGGAAGAUGCUUUUCCAGGGGAGACCUUCCCCGUGUUGGUGGAGUGUGAAGAUGGUACCCGCCUGCCUGCCCAUCAUGUCAUCGUCACAGUGCCCUUAGGUUUUCUCAAAGAACAUCAAGAUACCUUCUUUGAGCCACCACUGCCUGCCAGAAAGGCAGAAGCCAUCAGAAAACUAGGCUUUGGUACCAACAACAAAAUUUUCUUGGAGUUUGAGGAGCCCUUCUGGGAGCCCAACAGCCAAUUCAUCCAGGUGGUGUGGGAGGACACAUCACCCCUACAGAACACAGCCCUGUCACUCCAGGACGCCUGGUUCAAGAAGCUCAUUGGCUUUUUGGUCCUGCCUUCUUUUGAGUCUUCGCAUGUGCUCUGUGGGUUUAUUGCCGGGCUGGAGUCGGAGUUUAUGGAGACUCUGUCAGAUGAAGAAGUGCUUCUGUCUCUAACCCAAGUGCUCCGGAGAGUGACAGGAAACCCACAAUUGCCAGCGGCCAAGAGCGUGCUGAGGUCUCGCUGGCACAGCGCCCCAUACACCCGAGGUUCCUAUAGCUAUGUGGCUGUGGGUAGCACCGGCGACGACUUGGAUGUGAUGGCUCAGCCCCUCCCUGCUGAUGGAACUGGCACCCAGCUCCAGAUACUCUUUGCUGGGGAAGCCACACAUCGGACAUUCUAUUCCACCACACACGGGGCCCUCCUGUCUGGCUGGCGGGAAGCUGAUCGCCUCAUUGGUCUGUGGGAUUCACAGGUGCAGCGGUCCCGGCCCAGGCUGUGAAUGCCUGCUUCUCUGUUCUACCACGUGGGCUGACCACGUCCUCCUCUGUCUGUUCAAUACAUGAUUUUCAGUCUGGUUCAAGGUUUUGAGACCUUGAUGGUAGCUUUAAUUUUAGGGGCGUGGUCUCAUUUCUCAUCUGUUGUUGGAGUCUGGCUUGGUCUUGAUCAUGGAUGACCUAUUGUGUUAUACAUAUAAAGCAGCUGACACUG